GCCAGCUUGCUCAUCCCAGCAGCUUACUCUUCUCCCGGCUCUUUCCCCAGCCGAUUAAUCCCGUCGUCUCGCCUGCCGCCGGUCAGUGCUCCUCCUUUAGCCCCUAGCUUGCGAGGGCGGAAUUCGGGGAAGAAACCGAGCGGAAUUCCUUCAGCAAGCAACCAAGACUCCGGAUCUUUGAUAUCCGUCUCCCUACUGUACUCGGAUUUGCUUCAGCUAUUCGAAUUAGGAGUGUGCCCUCGGUUGGUGGUCUAUACAAGUAUUGACAGGAGCCUGUCUUCCGUCUGAAGAAAUUUGUCCAAGCAUCAGGCUUUUGCAAUUAUAGACAGGAGCCUGCCUUCCGUCUGAAGAAAUUUGUCCAAGCAUCAGGGUUUUGCAAGUAUAGACAGCAGCCUGCCUUUCGUCUGAAGAAAUUUGUCCAAGCAUCAGGGCUUUGCAACUUUGGGAGUUACUGAAGAAAUUUAGCCACGAGUUCCGCCUUCCCUCAGUUAUACUUGAAGAAGAAAUUUGUCUGCUUGGCCCAAGUUCGAGACCUUUGCAGAGUGACACUGCUCUCAUGGAGCUAAGUAGCGUCGCCUCGAUGAUGAGCCUAGGGAGUCUAGCUAUACAGCGGACAUCUUUGUGCUCCCUAGUCUUCAGAGUUUUGCAAAGGCUGGUAGGCUUCACUUCCGGCUCACUGAAUAAAUUCUGCAAAGAUGUUCAUCAACCACUGACCGAGACUAUCGUGGGCACAUCGCCAGAGCUGCCUCAGGACGUCUUGAUGGGUAUCUUUGCCACCCUUGAAAUGCCUGACUUUAUACGCGCUGGCGCCGUCUGCCUCUCUUGGCACUCUGCAUAUGCCAGCCUACGAAGCCUUGGGCAGUAUAAACUAUGGCCGUGCCUCCUCUAUACUUCUGAAUCUGCUGGUGAUAGCUCUGCUUGCCUCUACAGCCUCACUGAAAGGAGAUCGUACAAGUUAACUCUUCCGGAGCCACCUAUCCGCUCUAGGUGUUUGAUUGGGUCCUCUCAUGGCUGGCUACUUACUGUUGAUGAGAGAUCUGAGAUGCAUCUUCUCAAUCCGAUCACAUGUGAACAGAUUGCUUUACCUUCGGUGACCACCCUCGAGCAUGUGAAGCCCAUCUUUGAUGAGUACGGUGUUCUCCACAAGUAUGAAUUGUCUUGGCUCACUGGAAGAACUACUAACUAUAUCUCACCGUUGAUCUUCGCUCUUGACAAGCUGCGGGAUGAAUUCCAAUAUAAGGCAUUUGUGUUCCCUGAUACAUCCACGGGAAGCUACAUUGUGGUGCUCAUCCAUAACCCAGUGCGCCAGAUCUCUUUUGCAAGGCUAGGGGAUGAUAAAUGGACCUGGCUGCCGCAUCAUUAUAUCUAUUGCGAUUGCAUUUACAAGGAUGGCUUGUUGUAUGCUGUGUCUACAACGGGAGAUCUUCACACUUUUGAUCUUAGUGGCCCUACGGUCCAAAUGAAUACGAUCAUAAGCAUACACAGGGAUGUUGACUGUGAGUAUGCAUACAUUGUUCAAUCUCCAUCUGGUGAUCUGCUUUUUAUUUGGAGACUCUUUGAGGAUUUGAAGUUGGAACCUGAUCCUGGGGAAACUGUGUUUUGGAAUACUACAAAAUUCAGAAUAUAUGAAGUUGAAGCUGCUGGGAGUAAACUUAAGGAAAUCAAUUGCUUGCGUGACCAUGUUUUGUUUCUUGGGCAUAAUGAAUCACUUUGUCUCAGUGCUGAAGAAUACCCAUCGCUCAAGGCAAAUCAUGUCUACUUUACUGACGAUAAUAUGUUGUGGACAUUGGGAUUUAAGAAUAAUCACCGUGAUAUGGGAAUUCUCAACUUGGAUGAUAACAGCAAGGAAGAACUUGUAUCUUCUCAGCUUUGUUCCAACUUUCCGGCUCCUAUUUGGAUUACACCUGAUUUUAGAAACAUGAACUUGGCUUCAGGUGCUGCUUACAAAAUGGUUGAGUGAGCUUGCAGUUGUGUGGUUUGCUAGGCUAUUGCGCUUCUUAGAGAAAGUCAUGGACAAACUACUCAAGUGAUCACUUGGACCCCAAGUCCAUCCACACUAGCUUCGACCCAGUUGAAUAAAUAGUUCGAGUUUUUCUUUGUUUACCCAUGCUGUAAUCAUGU